AUGGCAAUCAACACACAUAGACGGGCAGCACUACUAUGCAUGUUGGUGUUGAUAACAAUGUUGACAGUAUUGCCAACAUCAACAAUAGUGAUGGUGGUCGAUGCAAAGAAGAAGGGUGAAACGGCAGCAGCGGCAACACAUAAUACUGAUGAUGAUACAAUCGUCGACGAUGAGGACGACUAUGACACACUAUCGCCCGUCAAGAAGGACGUAUACAAGCGCAACCUCGUCAGAGAGAACAUAAGAUACAAGAACGUGCUGUCACAAUGCAACAAGUACCAACACGACACUACCAAGCGCAAUAUGCCCAGCGAUCUAAACACGUUGGUAUACGUGACGCCGUGGAACUCCAAGGGCUACGAGAUGGCCGAGUUGUUUAACAAGAAGUUCACGCAUGUCUCGCCGGUCUGGCAUCAGGUCAAGUGGACGGGCAAGUCCAUCGCCAUCGAGGGCGACCACAACGUCGACCAGAAGUGGAUCGCCCGUGUGCGUGGCGGCCCGUACACGUCGACGCCUGCGGCCGGUGCCACCAAGAUCGUGCCCAGGUACAUCAUGGAGGGUGGCUGGGACGUCAACAGUCUUAACCGCGUAAUGACCGAAGGAAUGCUCAUUGGUGCACUCAAGGAUCACAACAACAAGCAUCAAUACGAUGGACUUGUCCUGGAGGGAGUUGCCUCACACAUGAAGUUCCACCUCGAGCUCAGGAACCUAUUCAUCGAGCGUCUACAUGAUGUAUUCCACAAAGAGAACAGAGAGCUAAUUGUCGUUAUACCUCCACUACAAAGCACACAGAUUACCGCUGAGGACGUGGCGCAGUUGGCACCAUAUGUUGAUGGCUUCUCAUUGAUGACGUAUGACUAUGAACCAAGAUCAGGAGUGUUGGCACCAAUGCAAUGGAUUGAGGAGAACUUGCGAUCCAUUCAGACGGUGGCCGCACCAUACAUGUCCAAGGUGAUGGUCGGACUGCCAUUCUAUGGAUACACAGGCACGUAUGGAGGCAGCCACGCCGCCAUGGUUGGACACGAGUACACCAAGGUGCUUCAAACGUAUCGUCCCAAGAUGCAAUGGGUGUCUGCACAUCAACAGCACACAUUCAACUAUGUCGACGAGCAAGACCAUCAGCGAUGGGUAUCAUAUCCAACAUUGCUAUUCAUCGACAAGAGGCUAGCACUUGCCAAGCACUAUGGAUGUUCAAUAUCCAUUUGGGAGAUUGGCCAGGGCCUACCUUACUUCUAUGACAUGCUUUGA